AUGGACAAUCCAUCCCCCAUCCGCCGCGACGCGCCGCCAUCAUACACCAUCCCGCCCUUCCCCUCGCUCUUCUGGCCCCCCCAGGACGCCAGCAUCAUCCUGUACGAGCUAGACGAGAUGUGGAAGUUCACCCUCUUCUGGACCCUCAUUCUCUACGGCCUGUUCCACCUCAGCGCCGUCGGCGUCGCCGUGCUGAUGCAGGGCGGCGGCAAGCGCAUUUCCAGUUGGAGGUACCUGUGGCUCGUGCCGCUGGUGUAUGCUUUGAUUGCUGGGUUUGAGGCGCUCAUUGCUGGGACGUUGGUGGGCUUGAUCGUCGGAGCGAGCUACCUCGUCGGCGGCUUCACCAUGUCCACCUGGAUCCCGUUUGUCUGGGGCUGGGUCAACGUGCUCGUGCUGGUCGUCUCGUCCUUCCGUAUCCAGGGUGGUCUGUAA